GCCGUUUCCAACACUUGCGCCAUGGCUAGCAUGGCUGGCUUCAUUGCGUUGGUUCUUUCACUGGUGGUGAGCUCGGCGUCCAAGGAGAUCUCCUGUAGCUUCAACGUGCCGUUCCGAGAUUGGGCAGGUUCCCUCCUCGACUGCAAGCCAGGUACCAUGGUGCCCUGUGCCAGCGAUGAUGAUUGCGCUGCGUUGCCGAAAAGCUGCUGCCCUCAUUAUGGCCCUGGUCCUUCUCCGGGCUGCAACUGGCUCCGUUGCCUGCCCACAGGCUCUCCAUUUGCUGGCAGCGACACAAAACUCUGUGGAAUGCAUCGGGUCUCUCCUGCAGGGCCUACCACAACUGAAGGAACAUGCCUGGCAGAAUCCCUCUGCGGUGUUGAACUGGCCACGGGGAAUGUGGGUUGCUUCAGCAACAGCACCUGCAACAACCCUUCCCAAAUGGCACCGAAAUUGGCGUGCUAUCCUUCCGGGCAUUCCGCACCAACAAACGAGAGUGAGCAACUAAUUGUUUGAACUUGAAAAUCUUGAAAGGUUUUCUGUAAAACUGGGGUAUACCUCAC